AUGGCCUUCAAGCAGAGCGCGGGCGGGUACCUCACGGUCAAGGACAACCAGGUCGUGCACAUGCACCCGAGCUGCGUCCUCGACGACAAGCCCGAGUGGGUCCUCUACAACGAGUUUGUGCUCACGUCCAAGAACUACAUCCGCCUCAACACGCGCGUCAAGGGCGAGUGGCUCGUCGAGCUCGCGCCGCAUUAUUAUGACCUCGAAAACUUCCCUGAGUGCGAAGCCAAGCGCGAACUGGAAGCUCUUUACCGCCGACUCCAGGCCAAGCUCAAGAAGUAA